AUGGCCACAGAAUACACUCUGUCCACCGAAUGGUGGACCGAAGGAGGCCUCCUGGAGUUGGUAGACACCUCGGGCAACCUGAUGCUCUCCUUUCCUCUUGCCUUUCUGAAUGCAGGGCACGUAGCAACGUUUGACUACGUGCAACAGGUGCUCGCCAUGUGUUUCACCGGCGCGAUCAACAUCACCUCACUAGACGGCACUCCCAAACGGAGGGACCAGCCCAUAGUCGCUGAGCGCCUUCUCGUGACCUCAGAUGCUACCGGGAUACAGGCGACGCGAGGCCCCCGCUUCAAAGACGCAUUUCGCGCUCCUCCGAAUGACGAUACCGCCAGCACCAUGAGCCACUCUUCGCGUUCGUCAGUCAAUCAGUCGACUUUCCGCACGAAGCUCCAGAUCAGGGACGGGGGAUGCGUCAUUUCCAAUGCGCACUUCACAGCAAGCGUGCCUGCCCACAUCCUGCCCGUCUCACGCCCUGAGUACUAUCGAGAGAUUUUGGGUCUGCACAGAAACGCCCGGCUGUACGACACCUCUUAUGGGCUUCUCCUCGCAAGAGACUUGCAUCAUGCCUUCGACCGAGGCAGUAUCGCUCUGUACCCAGACGAAAAUCGCCUCAUCGUCCACGUGUUUACUCCCCGUGCUGCAGCCUGGCGACCUUACCACGGUAAGAUCAUCUUGCCAAGCCGAUUCCGGACUGAAUUUGAACCUGCCCCAAAUAUCGAGCUCUUGCGCUUCCACUAUAGACAGUGCUGCAUGAUGCAUCUCAGGGGCUACGCUGCCCAGAUGAAUCUCCCGCAGCGCGUGUCUGAUGAACCCUCGCAGCCGCGCUGAGGCAGAUGCCGAGGUAGGAAGGAGCUUGUUCAAGGGUCCAUGUCACGCCAUCGGCCCAUGUCACGCCAUCGGCCCAUGUCACGCCACCAGUCCAUGUGAUACGAAACCAGACCAUGUACCUCUUUGUGCAGCAUGCUCCUCGCGAUGAGAUUGACGCUCUGGAUUGUCCCACCCUCAAACGCUUGACAGACAAGGCGAGAGGGGUACGUGUUCUGGGCUAGGUAAUGAUGAUUACGGUCAGAUGGCCGAGCAUCUCUGAUGAAUGGUGGUCUGUUGUAAAGGCAUUGAGCAGAGCAAAGUGAUCGAGUCCGCAUGAAUGCCGCAUUUUCCAUUG